UCUUUUCUCUGCCAAAGACAUUUACCUCCCGCCGCCGGCGAGCACCCGACGGCGUCGCCGCCAAGAGGCUGCCGGGGACACUCAUUCGCCGCCACGGCCGCCCCGUGAGAGCGUCCGUCUCCAAGUGCCUUAGCUCGCUCCGCCGCCUCUCCUCUCUUGCUGAUGAGGCCGUCGGUCCACAGCGACCAUCCGCCACGGGCACCUCCUCCAUCUCCUGCGGCGUCUCGUGACCUGCCCUGAGCUCUCGUCGCCGGCCGGAGCACGGUAGGGGCUCCGCGCAGUCGCCUCCCCUCCUUCCCCUUCCUCGCGCGCCGUACUCCCUCCCCCAACCUUCGGUCGCCAAAUCGUCCGGCGAGGUGGUAGACGGCUAGACACCCACAAGGUGUUUGCCAAAUUGCCCAAGAGCCAUAAUCUGAGGAGUGGCUAGAAUGACGCUCCCCGCGCUCCGCUCCGCAGUGGGGGAGUGGAGGGUUGCCCAACAGUGCCUUACUAUUACCAAGUAAGUAUUGGUAAUUGUUCAUGGGAACUUAAUUUGGCCACCAAUGAUCACAAUGUUGCUUGCUAAAUAGUUUAGUGAUUGGAUAUUAACCACGAUAAUGUGACAAUAUAUAUGAUUACCAACCAAUGUUCAGCUUGUAGUAAUAACCAAGGACCUUGGUGACUAAAGGUCUAAAUCUCUAGUAGUUAUAUAAUAGUCCAUCGCAAUACCCAGUCUUAGUUUUUCCUCAUUCAGUAGUUUCUUGUUAAUGAAAAGCUAGAUUAUCCAGUAACAUUUGUAGAAAAGUCAAAUUUUCUUACAUCUAGCUGACAUGUUGACUUUUUCACUGAUUGACCUUACCGUAAUCAUGGACCUGUAGUAUUUUAUCCGAACAGUCACAGAGGAAUGCAGCGUACAGCUAGCUAGUAGAUCUGAAUGCAGAAAAUACUACUACUCCACUAGAACGUGAAUGUUCCUUAGCCUGCAAGGGGUAAGCUGCAUGGACACAUAUAUAUUGCAUCCGCAGUUGCACACUUGCAACUUCUAUAUACGUGUAAAAAAAACACAUCUAGUUCGUUCCCUCCAAUCGAGGAUAAGUGGACAAAUUCAAACUCUGACCUGGCUAGCUUAUCUCUGUCAGUCAGAGUCUUAGCAUUGUUAGUUAAGAAUUCCUGUAUCGCCCCUCGAUAAGUACGGUGGCCUAGCUUAGCUGUUGGUGCAUUCCCUUGUAGCCAAUUUAGCCAUAAUAUUUUGCUUAGGAGUAGGAGGAAGGUCCCUAAUGAUGGCAGUAAACUGCACUCUUCAAAUCCUCCUCCUCCUCUUGUUCAUACUCCUCUCCCCUGUAGCCAUCACCGCCGGUGCUACUGACACAUUCGGCAAGGGCCAGAAUGUCACUGACGGCGAGACACUCGUCUCGGCCGGUGGCACGUUUACACUGGGAUUCUUCUCUCCCGGUGCGUCGGCCAAGAGAUACCUCGGGAUAUGGUUCUCGGUGUCCAGCGAUGCCGUUUGCUGGGUGGCCAACCGUGAUCACCCUCUCAAGGACACCUCCGGCGUGCUGUUGGUGGCCAGCGACACGGGGGACCUUCUCCUGCUCGACGGCUCCGGCGAGGUGGCGUGGUCAUCCAACUCCCCCAACACCUCCUCAGUGGAGGCGCAGCUUCUGGAGUCUGGCAACCUGGUCGUACACGACCAGAGAAGCAAAACUAUCCUGUGGCAGUCGUUCGACCACCCAUCGAACACCUUGCUGCCCGGCAUGAAGAUGGGCAAGAACCUGUGGACUGGCGACGAGUGGUACCUUACGUCGUGGCGGUCGCCGGAUGACCCAUCUCCGGGGAGCUACCGCCGUGUGCUGGAGUACGCGACUCGGCUGCCGGAGGUCGUCCUCUGGCAACAGGACGCCAAGGCGUAUCGCACGGGGCCGUGGAAUGGGCGCUGGUUCAACGGCGUCCCGGAGGCCUCGACGUAUGCGCACGAUUUCCCGCUGGACGUGACGGCCAGCAAGUCAGAGAUCACAUACGGGUACACCGCCAGGCCAGGCGCGCCACUCUCCCGUGUGGUGGUGACGGACGCCGGCAUGGUGAGGCGGCUGGUGUGGGACGCGAGCAGCCUGGCGUGGAAGACCUUCUUCCAGGGGCCAAGAGACGUGUGCGAUGCCUACGGAAAGUGCGGGGCAUUCGGUCUAUGCGACGCCAGCGCAGCGUCGUCGGCGUUCUGCGGCUGCCUGCAGGGGUUCAACCCCGCGUCGCCACCGGCGUGGUACAUGAGGGAAGCCUCGGGCGGCUGCCGGCGAAACGUGCCGCUGAACUGCGGCGGCAACGAGACAGCGACGGAUGGCUUUGUGCUGGUCCGUGGCGUGAAGCUGCCCGACACUCAGAACGCUUCGGUGGAUAUGAGCAUCUCGAUGGAGGAGUGCAGGGAUAGGUGCUUCGCCAACUGCUCCUGCCUGGCUUACGCAUCCGCUGAGAUCCGAGAAGGUGGCGGUGGCAGUGGCUGCAUCAUUUGGACGGGUGACUUGGUCGAUCUUCGUUACGUGGACCGAGGGCAGGAUCUGUACCUCAGGCUGGCCGGGCCUGAAAUAGCUGUGCCAAAGGGCUCGAAGUUUGCUAUUGCGACUGUUCUUGCGCCGGUAGCUUCCGCUGUUGCUAUAAUACUUGUCUUGUUAUUUGUCAUUUGCUGGAGAAGGAAGCACAGAAUCUCACGUAAACGACUAAACGAUGGUAUUCCACAAAGUUCAGCUAUGACAGUUCCCUCGGUUGAUCUGCACACUCUAAAGGAGGCUACACUGAAUUUCUCCGAGAGCCAUGUGAUUGGUGAAGGAGGAUUUGGCAUAGUGUAUAAGGGCCAAUUACCUGACGGGAGAACGAUUGCAGUGAAGAGGCUUAGGCAGUGUGCUCUCACAAGGAAAGGCAAAUGCGACUUCGCAAGAGAAGUGGAGGUGAUGGCCAGGCUCAGGCAUGGCAACCUUAUUCGCCUCCUUGCCUACUGUGACGAAGGCGAAGAGAGGAUACUUGUCUACGUCUACAUGCCCAACAAGAGCCUCGAUCUCUACAUAUUUGGUGAACCCAGCCUCCGUGCUACGCUGAGCUGGAGGCAGAGGUUGGAUAUCAUCAACGGCAUUGCACAAGGCGUGGCGUACAUGCACGAGGGAUCGGGCGAGAGCGUCGUCCACAGAGACUUGAAGCUUCAAAACGUGCUGCUAGAUGACAAUUGGCGGGCCAAGGUUGCGGACUUUGGCACCGCGAAGCUGUUUGUCGCUGAGCGGGUGGACUCUAGCCUCACCAUCGUCAACUCACCUGGAUAUGCAUCGCCAGAGUCAUUGCGGGCGGAGAUGACGCUCAAAUGCGACGUCUAUAGCUUCGGAGUCGUGCUGCUGGAAAUCCUUAGCGGGCAAAGGAAUGGCGAGACGCAGAGGCUCCUUUUACAUGCAUGGGGAUUGUGGGAGCAGGACAGGAAAAUGGCGCUCCUUGAUCCGACGGUGAAUCUCCCUCCCCUCUCCCGGCCUGAUUCCGACGUAGGCUCUGAACUCGAGAGGUGCAUUCAGAUUGGCCUUCUCUGCAUCCAGGAAUCACCCGACGACAGGCCGGCCAUGUCUGAUGUUGUCGCAGUGCUAACCACUAAGACCUCACAGAUCGCUCGGCCCAACAGGCCCGGAAUAUACAACCAACGAACAAGGUUUGUGACAGGUCAGGCGGAUCUCACUAGGACCACAACGAUCGAUCUCGAGUAGAAAGAUUUGAAAUCAGAGUUUAGAAGAGCAUGAAAUGCCCAAGUGAGCUCAUUUUUCGUUUAUUUUGUUCCGUUGGCCGCUAGUAGCGUAUUCGAAGAUGAAGAUAUGUUCUACCAGAAAGUGUAACUUCCUCUGUUUUAUCCUUUACUUGAUGUGUUCCUUGUCCAUGGUUAAAAAAACGCAAAUGGUAAGGAAAUGCUGGCAUUAAAAUGUACGUAUACUUGCGAUCUCUUCUCACAGUUUGAAUUUGGGCUGUUACUAGUGGCA